AUGAUGGAUAAAACCUCAUUGUUUUGGGGUCUGGCGUUUGGCGUCAUAAUUACCAUUUCGACGAGUUCUAUAAUCAAUUGGUUUCGAUCGAAGAAUAAGGAUGAAGGGGACGAGGAUAACGACGCGAAUUUCAAAGGACGUAAUGCGAAAAUAGUGGAUGGUGGGAGUCCAAAAGAUCGGGUCGCUCUUAAUAUCAUCAACUUUGCCGAAGAUCGGGGUUUGAUACGUCCGAAUUCGGGUUGCACCAUAUUUGAGGGGACGUCGGGAUCCACCGGAAUAUCAAUCGCCAUGAUAUCUCGUGCGAAAGGAUACGAUGCCUGGAUUGUGAUUCCCGACGAUCAGGCCGAAGAGAAAUAUGCGUUGUUGGAGAAGUUGGGUGCUACCGUGGAGAAGGUGCGUCCCGCGAGUAUAGUUGACAAACUCCAGUUCGUGAAUUUGGCCAAGAGCCGCGCCGAGGAAUUCGGAAAAUCUGAUAAAGAUAAGCAGGACAGCGAGAGCAAGGAAUAUGAGCCGGCGGAAAGUAAAACGGGAUUCUUUGCAGAUCAAUUUGAAAAUUUGUCAAAUUAUGAGGCGCAUCUUAAGGGAACCGGUCCUGAAAUAUACAGGCAGACUGGAGGAAAAAUUGACGCUUUCGUAUCUGGGGCCGGUACCGGAGGCACCAUCGCGGGAGUAUCCCGUUACCUCAAACCCCUCAUACCUAAUCUCAGGGUUUUCCUCGUUGACCCGCCUGGCUCGGGAUUGUACAAUAAGGUGAAAUAUAACAUUAUGUAUUCGCCCUUCGAGGCCGAGGGAACACGACGUAGGCAUCAAGUUGACACGGUAGUUGAGGGUGUUGGGCUGAAUCGGACAACGGGGAAUUUUAACGCGUCAAUGGGAUUUAUUGAUGACGCAAUUCUUGUUACUGAUGAGGAGGCGGUGUCCAUGGCGAGAUAUUUAGUGAGAGAAGAAGGUCUCUUUGUCGGGAGCUCCACGGCCAUAAAUUGCGUUGGUUGUGUGAGAGUGGCUCGAAAAUUAGGGCCAGGGCAUCGUAUUGUGACGAUUUUAUGUGAUUCAGGUCAAAGG